AUGAUCAAUGGCUAUCGAUCCAGUUCCUUACUGGUCCUAUCAGUUAACAUCUCUAUGACCUUUGUUGUACUGGGGUUAAUCUUGCACCUUUCCACCAUUUACGCCUUGUUUCGGCCUACAAUGCGCCGCAGAGUUCUGGCCCCAAUGAUGCUCAACAUCUGUAUUGUUUCGAUAAUUCUAACAGCCUGUGGCCAUUCCGUCUCAAUGGGCAUCGACUUCAAAGGGGAAACAAACAAUAAUACACUGGUAUUCCCGUGCAAGUGGACGGCUUUUGUGGGCAUCUGGGGCAGCUGUGCUUACUCGUCAACUUUGUGUGGGAUGAACGUGCUCUCUGAAAUCUUCAUGCUUCGAUGUAGCGGCGGCCGUCCUCAAUCAGUGUCAAGGAGAUCUAAUAUCGCCCUAUUAUUGCUACUGUGGAUAUAUCCUCUCCUUGUGGGCGCUCUAUCGUAUUUUGUUGGGGAUCUCUAUCGCAUAUCUGCAUCCGAUCUGACCUGUGAUCUAAAUUGGCUCUCUGAAAAAUACCUUUUCAAUACCUUCAGUAGUUUUGCAAUAUAUCUACUGCCAAUGUUGCUCUGUCUAACCAUGCAAUAUAACAUUUUAAGGUAAAGUAUUUCUUACAGUUAUGCUUUUUCUACAGGAAGCGCAAGUUCGAAAUUAGCACGCUGGGAAAAAAAGUGCCGAAAAAUCGGCCACAAAUUUGUUCCAUUUAAAAAAAUAUAUAUGCAUGGAAUGUUAUCACUAUCUCUUAGCUAUAGAAGAUAUUGAGUGGAGCCUUUCAUUAUUGAAUUUUCUUACGUUAUUGUUUCAAAUUCAUUUUUUUGGAUUAGUACUGUGCACGACCAAAAAGCCUAUUUUGUGACGUCAUCACUUGUGACGUCACAAGAAUUUGCACUGUAUUUCUGCAAAGUAUCACUGUUUCAGGCUACAUACCUUUGAAGGAGAAACUUUUGGGAGUUUUGAUUUUUUAAUUACCCACUAGAGAACUAAAGAAACGCAGUAUUGACGUGCACGACAUCAACCACUUCCGGUUUACGUGCGUCUGUUAAAAACGUCCUUGCUUGAGUUCCCUAUGCGGACGGUAAAAUCACUAAAUGGCGUGAAACAAGAUUGAAAAGACACUCAACAAUACGCACAACACAACACAAAGCGAACCAGCUAUGGUUUCCUCAACACCAAGGCGUGAACACCCCAAAAUUUGUCCUUAGACUUGUUGGACGGAACACACCCAGUUGAGUUUGCUGAGCAAAACGAAUGAUGUUCCAAAUCAGAAAAAAUAUAUCGGUAAUUCAUUGAUAUUAAACUGCACCUAUUAUUUUCGUUAAUGCAGAAUCUGGCAAAGAUCUCAGAGUACAAGAAACAUUGCUAUCAGACGCAAACUUCUGUAUCGAAGAAAAAUCAACUACAUGGUUAUUGGCUUGACUGUCUAUUUCUUUGCCAGCCAUUUACCAAAUCACGUGACAAAUGUUGCUGCUAUGGUGAUGAGAUAUUACCCCCAUUCAACCAUUACUGCUUUUGCAUUGGAACUGCUAGCCGAAUCAAAUGUGCUUUGUCCUCCACUCGCUUACUUAAUUCUAAAUUCAAGGUUCAGAUCGACUGUAAAGAUCAUGCUCAGUGGUAGUGCCAGACGGAGAAAUCACAAUAGAAACGAGAGGAUCCUCCAGCCAAGAGAGAUCAGAGCCCGUAAUCAAAUGCAGGGAGGGGGAAAUAAAAGGAGAAUAGCCCCCAAU